GCAACGACGACGACGCCCAAGACUUGGAGUGGUUUCCAUCCAAAGCUUCCACACCUGGUCGGAUACCCCACCACACCCGUGGGCCUCAGCACCAACCUAUUCCUACCGCCAACAACAACGGUUCUUGGCUCAAGAAAUGAAACGAACUCCAAGUCCGAACCAGACAUCUGGAGACCCUUUACCACUGGUACCGAUGCGGUUUGCGACGCGUUUAAAUUUAUACUUGCUGGCUACCUAGGUACCCAGGUACUUAGAUCAUUAAAGGCCCAGUGAGACACUGCUGGAUUCAUCUCCAUCUCAGGGGCCGCAAUUCUGGGAUACGAGUGUCCACAGAACCCAAUCGGACAAGUAUCUCGUCUUUGAAACUCAACACCUUGAGCAUUCUUUUCAAGUGAGAGACUCAUGCCGGCCCAAACGCGGCCGUGAGGGUGCAACCCUGAUGCCGCCGCCACCGCCCGACUUCGACCCCUUUCCCCGGCGUCGGCCCGUUCUUCGCGGCGCGCGGUCGACGCCGAACCUGAGAGAUCCGGUCGCCCCGUCGUUCCAUGUCCCGCCACCAGCAUAUGAUGAGUUUCCUGGCAUUGACGCCGGGGGCAGGCUCAACGUCGUUCCCCCCAGCUUGAGCCCGGGGCCAUCGUUUCCUGGGCCGCCUUCAUGUGCAGACACCUUCCACGAGCCAAAGUAUCGAGCCUACCGGCCUCCAGUUCCACCUGCACCUCAAGCUUCAGGGGCUGAACACCAACCUUCACAACCAACCGGCUUCCCUCCUCCGGUCAAGUCGAAAACAUCCGCCGUCCCUUUCGGUUACGUCCCUCCACCACCGCCGCCAUUCCCUCCCCCAUCCGGGGCGGCGACGUUCCCCGUAACUGCACACCAACGCCCUCCAGCCUCCCCAGUCUUCGCGGGUCCACCCCCGGCAGAGACGUUCCCCUUGGCAGGGCCUCGUCCGCCAGUCUCGCCAGGUUAUGCCCCCUCAGAGGCCCCGUCUGCGGACCCGCAGACAAGCGACAAGACCUUUUGGCAAACAGCCCUCGACGAGACCAAGUACUUUGCCGGAGGGCUAAUCGCUCACCCUUUUGAGUACACCAAACACUUCGCCAUCCUCCGCCACUCCACCGCCCUCGUCUGGUACCGUGGCCCCUCGACAUCUGUCACAGUCACCAUCUUCUCAGAUGCGCCGCUGCCUCGCACGCGGACGGUAUGGCUUCAACGAAAGGGUGUCUCCGGGAACAUGGGCAUGAACCUCAAGUCCCUGCUCGGCGCCAACGACUCCUGGCUCGACGUCACGCCAUCGUCACAGGCCUCACCCGCAGACAUGGCAGAAGGCGAUGAGCGCGCAUGCCAGCGCGACCUAAAAAAGUUCCUCAGGAAGGCGCCAAAGAACCUCAGCAGCCACGUGCCGAGGGAGACCCACGUCGUCCGUAUACCGGCUGCAGCUGACGACGGGUACUUCCGCCUCGUCCUCUGCGCCGGCGGCGGCGACAACGGGAACACCAAGAGGAAGGUCCUCUGCCCCAGCCCGGUAUUCCGCAUCGCCAGCACGUCCACCGACGCGAGCGUCAUGCGCGGGGCAAGCCUCGCCACCAUGCCUCUCGAGCUCGGCAUCAAGGCCGGCUCCAUCGUGGCCACGACCGUCGCGAACAAGUACAUCGGCCCCGCCGCCGCCGUCGUGCAGUCGCGCACCAAGAAGCUCCAGACGGCCAAGUUCGUCACGAGGCACGCCGCUCAUAUCGCCGGUGGGAAGUCCGCCAUUGAGAAAUCAGGAGUCAAGACUACUGUCGCGGAAUAUGAGGCACAGUACGCCACCGCGAGAAGCGGUGGGUACGCGCCGUGGCAGGACGGCGAUGCCGGCUUCCAAGAGGCACCGCCUGACGUGAUAGGCCCAGACUCGGGCCCUGUCGGCCCGUUCCCCAUCAAAUUCGACGGCAGGAUCGUGCGCGGCACCGGGAGGGGCGGGAUGGAGCUGGGGAUCCCGACGGCGAAUCUCAACGACAUCCCCGAGGAGGUCAGGAUGCGCAUGCGGGGGGUCUACUUUGGCUGGGCACGCGUUGUCCCCAGGAGCGGACUCGAGCACAUUUCUGCGGACUGGCACGAGAGCAUCAUCACGGUCGGGCCAGCGCCCUACGCCACCCCUCGCGUUGCCGCCAAGAACGUCGCUACCGUGCACGUCAUCCACGAGUUUGGCGGCGCUCUGUUCCUGGAGACCAAGCUGAAGGUCUUGGUCAUGGGCCAGCUGCGCCUGUCUACACCACCGGUCGGCUCAGAUGAGGCCCUGCAGGCAUACGGCGCGGAUGUCUUGCUCGCCGUUGCGAGCUUGAGUCGGGACAACUGGGGCCCGGUUGAGACCAGGGAGCGGAUGCGCACGAUGAGGAGCGACAUGAGCUUGGCGGAUCGGUAUCUUGAGACGAGGGAGAAGGUGCAGAAGCAGGUCGACCGGUUACCUGUUCAUCUGGCUGGUGUCAGGACGGAGGGUGCGGCGUUGAGAGAUCAAGCCUUUGGUAAUGGUGGCAUGUGGAUUCCAAGAUGAACACUGAAGUCUCGUGAUGCACCUGCCAUGAGUGUAAUUUAAUAGGUCUUGAUCAGUAAGUAUAGAGCUUUCAGCAGUGCCAGUAAUUAGAUAGACCUGGGGCAUUAGUAACAUCCUAUCUGUUGUAA